AUGUCUACUUUUUGCAACAAGUUCAGCGAGUACACGUUGACUCAGCUCAACGAAUUUCUCGAGGACGACGAAAAACUUACCAAAAUGAUUCGAGAGAUGGACGAGAUGCAGGAAGUCCAGCAAAGCAAAGAGACAACACUUGUAAAUAACAGAACCCAGGCAGAGAAAAACCUUGCCCUCCAACCUGGCCUGGAGCUCAAGAAGGAGAAACUCACCAAGCAAUAUGGCUGCCUUCAAGAAAGCUUUGAAGCUUAUCAGCUACGCAAGUCCUCUCUAGACCACAAAUCCGCGAACACAUCACUGGACAUUCUGUUGGCUCUACUACAGGCAGAGGGAGCCAAAGUAGAAGAGGAAACUGAGAAUAUGGCGGAUUCUUUCCUGGAUGGUGACAUGACCCUGGAAGCCUUUAUUGAUUCCUACCAGAACCAGAGGAAGCUGGCGCACUUGAGAAGGGUGAAGAUCGAGAAGCUGCAGGAGAUGGUGCUGAAGGGUCAUCAGCUUCCACAGGCAUCGGUAUCUACCUCCCGAUCUCAGGAUAUAUCAAUUGGAGCCAGACCCUCAGUCUCCUUCCUUACUGAGGCAGGCAGUGACUCAUCCCCUCAUUGUGAGCCCAGAAGGAAGCCUCCAGCUCCCCCAUCCCAGCCGCCCCCACUACUAAAUCCAGCUCCAACUGUCGCCCCCCAGCCUUCGACCUACCUUGCUGUAUCACCAUAUCCACCAAUUCCUCCUCGAACGGGUCAACCUUACCCGAAUGUUUCAUCAGGCUAUCCUUUCUUAGCACAGUACUCCUCUGCUUUGCCGCAGAAACCCCCCUCUCGUGUGGCUCCGCAACCUGGCUUCAUCAUUCAAUGA